AUGGCCAAUUUCGGCGGCCAUUUCUUCUGUAACGAGUCUGGGGACGCCUGCUCGCCUGCGGGUCCGCAAAUUCUCAACUGCCUUCGCUUGUCGGCGCUUUCGGGAUCUCCGGCGACUGCUCACCGUCCUUCUUCCACGGAUCCUGGCGCACGCGCCGCUCAUCACGCCCACCCAUCCAGUCUCUCUCCUCCUCCACGCCCAACUGCCACUCUCGCGGCUGCGCCGACUGCUCACGACGCCCUUCGCACUGAGAUCUCACUCGAACGGCUACUCUACUCCUUCACCACCGCACGCACGCAUCACGAUUAA